UUCGCUUGGAACUUGAAUCUGCUCUAUACAUUUUUUAAAAUUAAAUUAUUCUAUUUCAGCUUUAUAGUGAUGCAGAGAAUCCUUAUAACUAUCCUGGCUUUCUUGUUAGCAAUCCAAAAUAUUGCCAGCUAUACUAAUUCAUGGUCCCAUUAGCAGAGGCACAGUUCAGGAAACAGCUGCUUGCUCAAAUUGAUCUCCCCUCUUCUUUGCUUUCUGUUAGUAGAGGAUAAGUUGUGCUAGUGAAGUUGAAAACUAUAGAGGGGAGCAAGGAAGAGAGCAAGAACCAUUAGAAGAAUUUAUCAAAGUAUACAGAGUGGGAUCAAUUAAGCACAAGGCUACAAGCAUGUAUAGUUAAAUCAAAAGUACAUCUAUGACUCUGCACUUGAAAUUGAAACUAAAGUUCUGUGAUGUCAUCAAGAUCCCACUUCUUUGAUAAUUAAGCAUAAUGUGCAAUAACAUGGCUGAAAGUAAGGGUUGAAGGUUAACUUGUAUACUGUUAGUUGAGUAAGUUAGCUUAUUUUUUCUUUGUAAAUUAUGGAAGGAGUGUGCAUUUAUGUGUGUCAUCAGAGGCAUGUUCUUUUUUCUGUAUGGCCAUAUUUCAGCAGAGGCAUGUCAUCAGAAGCAUGUUGAAGGUUAACUUGUUUACUGAUUGUUGAGUAAGUUAGCUUAUUUAUUCUUUGUAAAAUCUGGAAGUAGUGUGCACUUAUGUGUGUGAUCAGAGGCAUGUUCUUUUUUCUGUAUGGUCAUAUUUCAGCAGUUAAAUUAAUUUGCUGUGCCAUGUGGAAGACGCAUCAAACAUGGAUGUCUCAAGAUGUAUUUCCAUGAUCUAUGUGAAUUAUCGCUCUUCAAUUUUGCAUCAGAGGACUGGCAGGAGAAUGAACUGUCAAGAGAUUGAGGCUAUCAAAAGCCUUGACAUACCUGAAACUACCACUAUAAUUGAAGCUUGUCACCGGAUGGCUGCUCGUAGAGUUGAUGCUUUGUUGCUAACGGAUUCAAAUCCAAUAUUGUGUGGAAUCCUGGCAGAUAAGGAUAUAGCUAUGAAAGUUAUUGCUCAUGAUCUAAAUCUGGAGGAAACUCCUGUGUCUAAGGUUAUGACUAGGAAUCCAGUAUUUGUGCUUUCUGAUUCUCUUGCUGUUGAAGCAUUGCAUAAAAUGGUCCAAGGAAAGUUUAGACAUUUACCAGUUGUUGAAAAAGGAGAGGUGGUUGCCUUACUUGAUAUUGCAAAAUGUUUGUAUGAUGCUAUUGCUCGUUUGGAGAGGGCAGCUGAGAAGGGAAAGGAAAUUGCAGCUGCUGUUGAAGGCGUGGAGAAACAAUGGGGGACAGCAGUUUCUGACUUUCUGGUUGGUCCCAACACAUUCAUUGAGACACUUCGAGAGCACUUGUUUACACCCUCUGUUUCCACUAUAAUCGCUGAGAACUCAAAGAUUGUUACAGUAUAUCCAAGUGACACUGUGCUAGAGGCUGCAAAGAAGAUGCUUGAAGUUCAAGCAAGCUCUGCCAUUGUUAUUUUAGAAAAAAAACCACGAGGAAUACUUAAUUCGAAGGACAUGCUGAUGAGAGUCGUAGCUCAAGAUCUUCCUCCAGGAUCUACUUUAGUAGAGAAGGUGAUGACACCUAAUCCAGAAUGUGCUACAGUUGAUACACCCGUUGUUGAUGCACCUCAUACCAUGCAUAAUGGGAAAUUUUUGCACCUUCCAGUUGUUGAUAAAGAAGCUGUUCUUGAUGUGCUUCAUAUAACUUAUGCUGCCAUAGCCACAGCUGGGAGUACCGCGGCAGUCAAUGUUGAGGCCACAAACACAAUGUUGAGAAAUUUUUGGGAUUCUGCAAUGGAAUUUACCCCAGAUGACGAUGAUGACACUAGGAGUGAGAAUUCCUUGAAGAUGCCUUCUGAUGCAGGAGAGGUUGGUCGAUCUGUUGCUUAUUCUACUUUGACCUACAGCAUAUUUGCUUUCAAGAUUCAAGAUGGAAAAGGACGGAUGCAUAGAUUUUUAUGUGGUACACAGAAAUUGACUGACCUUAUAGCAGCAAUCCUUCAGAGAUUAGGAGAUGAAAUUAACCGUGAAAACCUUCCACAUAUUCUGUAUGAAGAUGAAGACAAGGACAAGGACAAGGUCGUACUUGCAUCCAAUAAUGACCUUCAAGCAGCUGUAGCUCAUGCUAGGCUAGCUGGUUGGAAGGGGCUGCCUUUGUUACUGGUUUAGGCAUUUUGCAUUUUUUGAGGCAACCUGGAAAUUGAUUCCAUAUACACUUUGCUCGGAGAGUUGGAAGACAAAAAGGGAACAGAAUGUUGCUGUCGUAUCUUUGAGUUUCCAUUUCUGGUGGGUAUAGUUUAAUCUAACAAGAAAAAUAUGAUUGUGUUUUACAAUAAGUAGAGGUGAUUAUGACGAAAAAUCGUUGCUAUUCUUGGGGUGCAUCUUUGCAUCUAUGCAUCUUCAUUCAACUUUCUAUUUGUAGUGAAAAAAAUUAAUGGAAUUCCUUUUUGUUUUAACACUA